AAAAGAAGGGUAAAAAAAGGAGUCAAUCAUCGGUCAAAUGGGGGCCGAGUAGCACCAAAAGCAUGAAGAUGAGAGUGGACUUUGUAAUAGUGCAACACCGAGACGAAAUUGUGAUUUCUGCGCGCGAUUCGAUUGAUUUUACGAAAGAAGAAGCGAUGUCUAGGAAGUUUCUACCUGAAGAAGUCGUCGUAGAAAUCCUCUUGCGAUUGCCGGUCAAAUCUCUGGUACGAUUCAGGUGCGUGUCUAAACGAUGGCUCUCACUAAUUUCGGAUCCGCGAUUUGCUAAAUCGCAGUUCAAGCGAGCAGCUGACCACAUCCAACGACUGCUUUUUCCAACCCCUUUCGGACUUGGAUCCCUAGAAGUCGAUCUACCAUUUGGGGACAGUUCUGCUGUUAGAGAACUCUUCGUCCCUUUUAAGCAACCGAAUCUUCGUCUUAACUUGCUAGGUUCUUGUGACGGUCUGGUUUUUGCGUCUCACUACGACCAUAAGGAUUUCUAUAUUUGGAAUCCAUCGACAGGAGAGCACCGAAAAUUGCCUGACCCUGGGAUUUCUCCCCAUCCUGACAACGAAUACAUGUAUGGCUUUGGAUAUGAUUCGUCCAUAGAUGACUAUAAGGUUAUAGUGACCUCUUUCCUCCCGCUGCGUCCCUCUCCCGGAUAUGUAGGCAAGAUUCUCUCCCUAAAGAAUAACUCUUGGAAAAGUAUUAAAAAACCCGAUGAUGUAUUUAGCAGUUUCAGGUCAGCAGGGGCGCUUUGUGGUGGGGCUGUCCAUUGGUUAGGUGAAGUGCUCCGACCGGAGGCCAAUCUAGCAAUCCUUGCGUUUGAUUUAGCUGAGGAGAAAUUCCGUCAGGUGCCCAUGCUCCCCAUGCUUGAAGGAGAGGAUGUGGACUACUAUGACAUCGCUUAUACUUGUUUGGUCAAUCUUGGAGGACGUCUAUGUUUAAUCCUUCUUUGGCAUGCAGAUGAAGAGCUAUGGGGGAUGAUGGAAUACGGAGUGCAGAAAUCAUGGGCGCGUAUGUUUAGAAUUGACGGAGAUUAUGGUCCUAAACCACUUUGCAUGUCGAGAGGUAAUCAGCUUGUAGCAACAAAUGAUGAUGGAAACGUGUUGAUCAGGGCUAAUCCUGAAGGGAAGAUUGUUGAAAGUUGUGUGUUUUGCAUUGAGCAAAGCCCAAAUUGGCAUGAACCAUCGGCUGUCUUUGUUGAGAGUUUGCUUUCACCUCUUUUUGCUUUGGAGUUUUGAAAUCUCAUCUCUUAAAGAGUCAUGGUUGGGGAUUUAUGUUGCAGAGUAUGUUUUUGUUUACAUUGUAUUCUCAAUUUGCACAUGUAUUGCUUCCCAUGUUGA